UAGACAUGACACAAAUGGCAACGGAUCUUGAAAUCGCAAACCUAAAUGGCACAUCGUGCACGCCGGACACCCUGCAUAUGGGUUCGCCUAUCACGCGGCGCCAUUCCCAUGCAUGCUGCAGAGACUAUCGCGCCACGGAGAUUGCCGGCUCCGAUGGGGUCCAAGUAGAAGCAACAUGAAGCCUGGACUGAAACUUCGAGGCACAUUUCAGUAUUUCCAGAAGACUCAUGGUAGUCAUUCGGAGGAGUAUUAUCGGGAGCCCGAAAACGUCCAUUUCCACCGUAACAGGCCAAGCAGAGCCCUAAUCCGGGUGGAUAAUAACGCGUAUUCGACGUGGAGCCAGGCGGAAA